GUUUCCGAUGUUUGGUGGAUGUGGUGCCGGUGAAGAACGAGGAAGGAGUUGUCAUCAUGUUCAUCCUCAACUUCGAGGACCUGGCCCAGGUCAUGGCCAAGAGGGGCAGCAGGAACCUGCACCGCCGCCUGUCCCAGAGCUGGCGUGGAGAGGCUUCCCACGUCAAACUCAACCCUCCAAACUCCACCUCGGACUCGGACCUGAUGAAGUACAGGACCAUCAGCCAGAUCCCCCAGUUCACCCUCAACUUUGUGGAAUUCAACCUGGAGAAGCACCGCUCGGGCUCCACCACGGAAAUCGAGAUCAUUGCACCCCACAAAGUGAUGGAACGCACCCAAAACGUCACCGAGAAGGUGACACAGGUGCUGUCCCUGGGUGCUGAUGUCCUUCCUGAGUACAAACUGCAGGCCCCACGCAUCCACCGAUGGACCAUCCUGCACUACAGUCCCUUCAAGGCUGUGUGGGACUGGCUCAUCCUCCUGCUUGUCAUCUACACAGCUGUCUUCACCCCUUACUCAGCUGCUUUCCUGCUCAACGAGGAGCAGGUGGAGGAGAAACGCUGGGACUGCGGCUACUCCUGUGACCCACUCAACAUCAUCGACCUCAUCGUGGACAUCAUGUUCAUCGUGGACAUUGUUAUCAACUUCCGUACCACCUACGUCAACAUCAACGACGAGGUGGUGAGCCACCCUGGCAAGAUUGCCAUCCACUACUUCAAGGGCUGGUUCCUCAUUGACAUGGUUGCUGCCAUCCCCUUCGACCUGCUCAUCUUCCGUUCUGGCUCUGAUGAGACCACCACCCUCAUCGGCCUCUUGAAAACCGCCCGGCUCCUGCGCUUGGUCCGCGUGGCCCGAAAACUGGAUCGGUACUCAGAGUACGGAGCAGCCGUGCUCUUCCUCCUCAUGUGCACCUUCGCCCUCAUCGCCCACUGGUUGGCCUGCAUCUGGUAUGCCAUUGGCAACGUGGAGAGGCCCUACAUGGAACACAAAAUUGGCUGGCUGGAUAACCUGGGCGACCAGAUCGGCAAACGCUACAACGACAGCGACCUCUCCUCUGGCCCCUCCAUCAAGGAUAAAUAUGUCACUGCCCUCUACUUCACCUUCAGCAGCCUCACCAGUGUGGGCUUUGGCAAUGUCUCACCCAACACCAACUCUGAGAAGAUCUUCUCCAUCUGUGUCAUGCUCAUUGGCUCUCUGAUGUACGCCAGCAUCUUCGGGAACGUCUCUGCCAUCAUCCAGCGGCUGUACUCGGGCACGGCGCGGUACCACACGCAGAUGCUGCGGGUGAAGGAGUUCAUCCGCUUCCACCAGAUCCCCAACCCCCUGCGCCAGCGCCUGGAGGAAUAUUUCCAGCACGCCUGGUCCUACACCAACGGCAUCGACAUGAACGCUGUGCUGAAGGGUUUCCCUGACUGCCUGCAGGCAGACAUCUGCCUCCACCUCAACCGCACGCUGCUCCAGAACUGCAAAGCUUUCCGAGGAGCCAGCAAAGGCUGCCUGAGAGCCCUGGCCAUGAAGUUCAAGACAACCCAUGCACCACCCGGGGACACCCUGGUGCACUAUGGAGAUGUCCUCACCACCCUCUACUUCAUCUCCCGAGGCUCCAUCGAGAUUCUCCGGGAAGACAUUGUGGUGGCCAUCUUAGGGAAGAAUGACAUUUUUGGGGAGCCCAUCAGCCUCUACGCCCGCCCAGGGAAGUCCAAUGCUGACGUGAGGGCCCUGACCUACUGUGACUUGCACAAGAUCCAACGGGAAGACCUGCUGGAAGUCUUGGAUAUGUACCCAGCUUUCUCUGACAACUUCUGGAGCAACUUAGAGAUCACCUUCAACCUGCGAGAUGCAGACAGCGUUCCCCGCACACCCCUCAGUGAGGAGUAUGACUGUACCUACAGGAGGGCACGGCGGCACAAGCACACCCUGUGCCAACCCAACAAGCCUGAGCCAGACACGGGCAUCUCGGAUGCAGAGCAGUAUCACACCUACUCAGAGCUCACCAACCCACAGGACCCGCUGAGCAAGGACCAGUGGGACGACCUGGGCAGUGUCACCACUCCCUGCUCCCAGACCAGUGAUGAUGAGGCCAAGACUGGCAGCCCUACAAAAGCUGAGCCUUUCCCUACCUCCAAAAAGGAUGACUUGGCUCUACCCACGCUCAGCCUCGUCACCACUGCUGACACGGAGGUCGGAAAGCAGACAGCAGAGAGCAGCCAGUCCUACACAGCCACCCCCAUGGACAUCCCCAACAUGUUCACUUUCUGGGAGGACCGAAGGCCAAACCACCAGCUGGAACCUUUGCAACAAAUGUCCUUGGUGCACAGCUCAGAGGACAUCCCCCUGCAAAGUGACCACAGAGCAGGGCAGAUUGAAGCCAGGCUGGAGCUCCUCCAGGCUCAGCUCAGCAGGCUGGAGUCCAGGAUGUCGUCAGACAUGAAUAUAAUCCUCCAGCUCCUGCAGCGCCAGCUGUCCCAAGUGCCACCCGCCUACAGCCCCAUCUCACCCUCCUCCCACAACCUGGCCAUGUACGGAGUCCUCCCGAGGAGCCUGGAGCCGCUCACCCCCUGCUCACACCCAGAGGAGGAGGAGCCGACAACCCUGGAGGAGAGCCCGAGCUACACGGAGAAGGAAAAAUUCCCCUUGAAAUCCAAGGACUCCUUGUCAAGUGGGAUGCACCAGGCUGUGGCAUCUGAUGAAACUUUGCUGGUCCACUCCCAGCAGGAGCACCAUUCCCCACCUCUCCUGAACCCAGAACCUCCCCACCAAAGGGCAUCAAAUACCCAAGGACUUUUCCGGGGCUCUCGUGUCCCUUCCCUCCCUGAGCACUUGGAGGCACCUUUGGAGCACCAGGACAUUCAGAGACAUCUCUCUGACCCCCUGCUUCCUGGAAGUUAGAGCUGUGGGGGCUGCAAAAAAAAAAAAAAAGAAGUCAAGAGGAACCUCAACUGCAAGCUCAGGCAGUUGAUGUUGGUUUGGACUGCAAGGGUAAGAGAGAGGACAAUGCCACUGGCUCAGGGGUAUAAUUUGUAGCUGUCUUCUGCCACCAGGAAAGGAAGAGUGGAGUGGUUGGCUCCCAAAGUCAACGUUUUCCAGCAGUUCCCCUAGAGUAGGUUUCAUUUGCACCUUCUAGUGAACCCAGAGCAAUUCUUCCUUCUGGCCACCACCAAGCUGGCUAGGCCAAGCAGUACCCACCACCUCUUCCUUGCCAAGGCUUCCUCUCCAGGAUGGCACAAGCCACAGUGAGUGGAGGAGAACAAACCCGUGGCUUUUAGCUGUGAGGCCACUUUGCUGUCAGCUCUUUGGAGCUUUGUCUUGGUUCUGGGUUUAGCACAGCAGAGCCUGGGGGUAUUUCAGGAAGGGAAAUCACCACCAGAGGAGCAGGAGAUCUCCAGAGUGCAGCCCUGAGGGGAGCUGCAGGUGGGAAGCCUGACACAAGGACAGAAUUUAUCCUUGUCCUACUUGACUGCCACUGAGAAACAAAGGGCCAACAGCUCCUGCCACUACACUAUGCUUCAGCACGAGUCCUAGGGCACUGGCUUCUCCAGCAAGGCCAACUCAACCUUGCAAACCCCCCAGAAUCCAUCCCACAACUCCCCUGAAAAAAAAACCCACCUGGUCACCGGCCUGGGCAUAAAGCACAAAACUCAAAAGCACAAUCCCAGAAAGCUGAAACCCCCCCCAAACACCUCCCCUCCAGCCCUUCCUUCCAGCUUCUCUCUUUUGAUAAAAGGUUUGAUAGAUGCUUCCUCCUCCCCAGCCUCCAUCCCUUGUAGGAGAAGCCCACUUAGCACUGCUGCCUUCCUCUUCAGUUAGAUGCCCUGACAGCUGCUCCAGAAAUGUAUCCAGCUCCCUUCCAGAGUAGUUAAAACUGUGAGCAUCUCUUUUUCUCUGGAGUUUUAGUGUACACUUUGCUAAUAAAGAUGUUUUUGGCACCU